AUCUCAACCUUAACAUUCCAAGAUGUCAGCGGGAAAAAUCAUCAACGAAUCAGUACAGUACGUUCGACCACUGCUUUCCAUGAACCACCAGGAAGCUCACCGGAAGGUUCUCAAACUCUACAAAACUUGGUACCGCCAGCUGCCUCAAACCGUCUACGAAUGCGAUAUCCCAAAAUCACUGGAACAAUGCCGUCAAAAGCUACGCGAGGAAUUCCUCAAGCACCGGAACGUUACCGAUCUGAGAGUAAUCGACAUGCUGGUCAUCAAAGGACAGAUGGAACUCAAGGAAACCUCCGCAAAAUGGAAGCAGAAAAGCCAUCUCAUGCGAUACUGGAAGGAUACGCAAGUGCCGAAAGCGCAGGAUUUUCUUUCCAAAUUCUACACAGGACACGACUGAACCGCAUAUUAAUCCAACGCUUUAUUCGUCAUAACGUUAUAAAUACAAACCAUUCAACUCGGGAAU